AUGUACCUGCUGGCACUCACUACCCAGGACAUCUUGUACAAAGAACUAGCAUCCUCAUCCACCAGCCGUGAAUACCCAAGUGACCCGCAAGCUUCGAUGGAUCGACCGCUGAGCUCAAAUAACGUUCGAGAAGAUGACCCGGAUGAGAUUCAGACUCUGGGCCCCACGACGCCCUCCUCAACCGAACGCGACAUGGACACCCCAGCCGCCGGGCUCCCACUCGCCACCAGAUCUGCUGCCGACCUCGAGGCCCAGCAGACCCCUGCCGCCUCCCUCCCCGACCCCUCCUCAUAUCCUGGCCGCCCCGCUGGACUGCAUCCUCUGGCUAUCCCCCCGCUCUCACUCGGUCAAAAACUAUACAUCAUCCUUCCCCAGAUGAUUGGGGCCGCUAUACUCGAUGGCGCCGCCAAUUUUGGGAUAGGCUGUGCCAUGUACUUGAACGCGAAGAACGUGAGAAUAUGGAUUCUGAAGAAUAACACGGUUGCUGGUGACAUGGCGGUGACGAUAUUCAUCCAAGGCGUGUUGACGUUCUGCAUAGCAUCCGGGAUGGUGCACGUGGAUCUAAGGAAGAACAAGAUCUCAGCCUUCCAGUACCCAUGGCCGGACACAUCGUGGGGGGCCGCGAAGCGGCUGCCCCCAGACGAGGCCCAGACGCGAAUCGGCCGGCUGUGGCGUCAGUUCCAUAACGGCCAGGGAUUCUCGCGUGGCUUGCACUUCUUCUCCGGCUCCGACGUCAACGAUAUCUUCGACUCCAGACUCUCUCGCUCUCAGUUCACUACCCGUCUCUGUUGGUCGAUUUGGAAAGGAAGCGUCUUGUCUCUUAUAUUCUUCUUCCUCAUCUGGCCUAUUUCUAUUGCCAUCGUCACCCACGCACAGGGUCCUCGUGGCCCAGGUCAUGCCGGCCUCGGCUGGCGCUCCGCUGAUGUCCACCGUCGUCGCUCGCUCGACACUGCUCGUCGCACCAGUCGUGGGCGCUACGCCAACCCUUCCGGCGAUCUCAACCGGUCUACCUCCGUCGGCAGUGCCCGCGCCAAGCCUCAAGCUGAUACUUUCGGUCUCUUCGGCCCUUCCGGUCAACUUACUGCACCUCAUGACACCAAUCAUCGCUAUUCGUCUCACAGUAACAUCUCCGGUCGGAUGCGCACUUUGAGCGAACAUUCUGCUCAGCAUUAA